GUUUUACUACGUUACCUCGCCCUAUUACCACCAUGUCAUUAGCACACCCCAAACAUAGAUGAAGUUGUCACAGAUUGCUGAUCCCAAAGAUGGUACCCAAGGCGUGAGUGAGAAUCACAAGAUGGCAGUGGCAGGUGGAUCUGAGAGGGAUCGAGCGAGUUAUUCCCAGGGGAAGGUGAAUCCAAGAGCUUGCAGACAUAGAGCUGCGUGAUGGGUCUCUUCCAUUAUUUACCAUACGGGAGACCAAAUGAGAGAAUGCGCAGAUGGACGCCCUACUCGCAGCCAAAUUAGCAUUUAAUUCCUUUGUUUGUUGGUCUUCUCUACCCUUUGUUCCAUAUCUCGUGUGAUGGUGUCCUCCCACCCGCUCUCAUUAACUGCGUCCCCAAGCACAUCCCCUGCAUCUACUUCUUCAAGCUUCCCGUCAUUCUUAGAACCGCCUGUGCGGUCGGACCUCUCGUCGUCGAUGGAGGUCGAGGUGAGCUUGAGGGAAGGGAAGACGGGUCCUGUGACCCUGGACCUUCUUGGUGGCGGCGUGGCGGUCGGGCCUAAGGAUCUUGAUCUUGGCUUGAAGCCUUCCUUCGGUUGCCAUGGCGAUCUCCACCCACUGGAUCUUAACCUGCUUCCGGAUGACGUUUUCGGCCGGAAGAAGAAGGCGGCGGCGCCGUGCCCCCGGAGUCAGAGCGUGUGCACCAUCGAGCAGGUGAAGUGGGCGCUCGAGCGGGCGCAGCGCGAGUCGCGUGGCAGGGUAACGGCGCAGCGGCGGGGGCAGGCAGCGCCGGGCAGCCCCGGCUACUCCUCGCCCUCCUCGUCAUCGUCGUCGUCGGUCACGACGGUGUCGACGAAGCGGCAGGCGGAGGACGGGCACGAGGGCGGGGAGGAGGGGUCGGAGGACGGAGAAGACUCAGGCGGGGGCGGCGCAAGUCUGGUGGCGGCGGGGUGCCCCAGCUGCCUCUCCUACGUGCUGAUCUCCAAGGCCAACCCGCGCUGCCCCCGCUGCGAGUCGCAGGUGCCGCUGCCCACUGCGCCGCAGAAGAAGAAGCCACGAAUUGAUCUCAACCUCGCCCUCACUCCCCAAUAAGCCGUCCUCAUAUUAAUCAACAUGUUCUGUCGGUGUGUAUGUGUACGAUGAAGCUGUGCUUCACGAGGCUCUGCAUUCUGCUACUUCUCCUUCCUUCUUCUGCAUGGCCGAUGAAAGAAACACUGUGAAGGCAUGACGGACGUAGCGCACAACCUGUGAAGUGGCAUACGCCACAAGACAUGCAAUAGGACAAGCUGCUGGUUGUAAAGAUGCACACAUUGCGGUGGAAGUGCAUGGUACGCAACAUGCACAUUUAACCUUGCUUUAAAUAAUACGCAGUUCGAAGCCUCCAACAAAGAACAAAGGGCCAGGCUUUGAAUUUCGUGCAAGCAAAUCAGAAAUGGAACCUUCCUUUUAGAUUGUAUGUAAUAUCUUUCUUCCAUCCAUAAUGUAUCCGAUGGUUUUAGCAGCAAAAGCUCGGAACGCCGCUUCUUGCGGCAGAGGAA